AAAAAGGAGAAGGGUGUUGGGCCUGGCGGGAGUGCUGAGGGUUGUGGGCAGCUGGGCUGCUCUCCUGGGCGGUGUCCGGGGAGCUGCUGGCCAAGUCGCCCUGGGUUUCCGCCACCCUCUGGGAGGUGUCCGAGCGCGUGGGGUCCACUAGUGAGACCCUUAGGCCGGCGCCAUGGGCUGCUGCUUCUCUAAGAGACGGAAGAGUGAGAAGGAGGCGAAGGCUCAGGGAGAGGAGGAGCAGCCCAAGCUGUACAGCUGGGACCAGCGGGAGAAGGUUGAUCCAAAAGAUUACAUGUUCAGCGGACUGAAGGAUGAAACAGUAGGCCGCUUACCUGGAAAAGUAGCAGGACAACAAUUUGUCAUUCAAGACUGUGAGAACUGUAACAUCUAUAUUUUUGAUUACUCAGCUACCAUUACUAUUGAUGACUGCACCAACUGCGUACUUUUUUUGGGACCAGUGAAGGGAAGUGUGUUUUUCCGAAAUUGUAGAGAUUGCAAGUGUACAUUAGCUUGCCAGCAGUUUCGUGUGAGGGACUGUAGAAAGUUGGAAGUCUUUCUGUGCUGUGCCACUCAGCCCAUUAUUGAAUCUUCCACAAAUAUUAAGUUUGGGUGUUUUCAGUGGUACUACCCUGAAUUAGCGGCCCAAUUCAAAGAUGCAGGGCUCAGUAUCUUCAAUAAUAUAUGGAGUCACAUUCAUGAUUUUACACCUGUGUCAGGAGAGCUCAACUGGAGCAUUCUUCCAGAAAAUGCUGUGGUUCAAGACUAUGUUCCUAUUCCAACUACUGAAGAAUUCAAAGCUGUACGAAUUUCCACAGAAGCCAAUAGAAGCAUUGUUCCCGUAUCCCGGGGUCAGAGACAGAAGAACAGCGAAGAGUCAUGCCUAGUGGUAUUAUUUGCUGAUGAUUAUACAACAGCAAAUGCCAGGAAACUAAUUGAUGAGAUGGUUGGUAAGGGGUUUUUCCUAGUGCAGACAAAGGAAGUAUUAAUGAAAACUGAAGAUGCUCAAAGGGUUUUCCGAGAAAAGGCAUCUGACUAUUAUCUUCUCCUGAACAAAGGUCCUGUGGUUGCCUUGGAAUUUAAUGGAGAUGGUGCUGUCGAAGGAUGUCACCUUAUUGUAAAUGAGAUAUUCAACGGGACAAAGAUGUUUAUAUCCGAAAAGAAGGAGACAGCAUCUGGAGAUGUUGACAGCUUCUAUAACUUUGCUGAGAUACAGAUGGGGAUUUGAAGCGUAUUGUGGUAUUAAGCCCUUUCCAACCUUUAUAUAUAGAGUUUGAUAAUAUACUGAUAUAUAUUCGUCUUAGACCAUUAGUAAUUUUUACUAAUGCUAUAAUUGCUAAAGGCUAUUUUUAAAUAACUCUGAAUGUCUUUUCAUUUACUUGAGGAUCUAAAGUAGUCCAUGUAUAUCAAGUGUUUUUAAUCAUCUUGUAAACUAUUUAGCCCCGUCAAUAAGCCUUCAGUUUUACUUCUUUUCAUUUAAUACUCUUAUUAGAGAACAGAAGUGGCUACCAGUUCACGAUUUUAAUAUUAAUUAAAAGUUCUCGCCGGGUGGUGGUGGUGCACUCGGGAGGCAGAGGCAGGUGGAUCUCUGUGAGUUCAAGGCUAGCCUGGUCUACAGAGCGAGUUCCAGGACAACCAGAGCUGUUACUCAGAGAAAACCUGUCCCAGAAAAACAACAAUAACAAAGGUUUUCCAAAUCUCCGAUAAUUUCAACUUUCCAACUUUCCUUAGUGCUCUAUGGUAUUCAUUUGAUAGUAUAUUUUUGUUUCUGAUUUUCUCUUUUAAUUUAGAGGAAUUUGAUAAUCAACUAAACCUAUGGACUUUUAAAAAUGGAUAUCCAGUUAAAUAUUCAUUUCCUUCUUGCAUUUUGUGACUAAUGAAAUUUUGUACAUGGAAUUGACAUACUAUUUUGUAAACUGAAAAUUUUUAAAGAAAUGGGAAUUUGAAAGCUGAGUGCCAUCUGUAGUUUCCAGGCUACUUGGAAUGCUAAUGUGGAGGAAUCUCUAGAGCUCAGGAGUUCAAGACCAGCCUCGACAACACAGUGAGACCCUAUUUCCAAAGAAUGAAAAAACUAAGAUACUCCAUAAUCAACUUUGCAAAUACUUCUGACUGAUACUGGCAUUGCUGUUUGAAAAACCAACUACUUCACGAGUAUGACUGUGUUUUAAAUACAACUGCCAGAUGACUCUUCUGUUUCCUAUUAAGAAAAAGUAUUUGCAACAUAAAACUACAGAACUCCAAUCACCAGCAGAUUUGACAGAGGUGAUUACUGUCUAAUAGCUCUUGUAACUAUCAAGAGACCUAGAGCAAAACCUGUGACUUUUAGGUAAGGAAUACUUUUGGGUAAGGUCUGAUGAUAGGCUAGGCAGGUUAUUCAAAAUACCCAUACAUUUUAAACUUGUGUAAUGUUUAAGUAUGAUAAAAGUUUUUGUUACCGGAAAUCAUUAUUUCUCAAACCCAUUUGGUCAUAGUAAUUUUCCAGGAGGUAUGGGAAUUGUUCAGACAUACACACUGGUAGAUCAAGUCUUCAAAUGUACGAACUCAGUUUUCAAGGGAAACUGCUUUAGGGUGUAUUGUUAUCUAAACUAAUCAGUCAGUUCUGAAGGUGUUGAUAGGUUGGUCUUAUCACAUUUAGCAGGGACAAACAGGAACAGCUUUCUUAGGCCCAUUUAAAGGAAUUUGAAACUAUUUUUAUAAAAAAGACUGAAAAUGGCCACUUACAAAAAUUCCUAUCAUGGUUGUUACUAAAAGUGUAUUUUCAUGUUUAAAAUGCUUUCAGAUAUUUUCACGUCAAUUUAUAACUACCCUGUUGAAUUGUUAAUGUGUAGAAAUAGUACUUUGUUAUUUUAAAUUAAGAAUAUUGAGCACCUACACUGUGCCUAGCCUUGUGCUGUCAUGAUUUGAGCAUUUCUUUCAUAAAAUCAUUGUGUUUUACAAAGUCAAUAUGAUCUCAUGAGGUGCAAAUAAAAACUGCUGGCAGGUAUAAUAGGAUUUCUGUCAUAUUUUACAAAUGAUCUUUGCAAAUUUUGGUGAGAGGCAUUAAUGUUUCCCUGAGUUAAGCUAAAAUUAAAUGCAUUCUUUUCUGUCUUCAUUAUUAAAUGUCACCAUUCACAUUUAAAAUAAUCUCAAUACUUGUUUUUUUCAGAACUAAUAUGCAAUGUUAUACAAACCUAUACUUUGAUUUUUUAAAAUCUUAUUUGUAGCAUUGUGCAAAAACUCAGGGAAUAUAAUGUAAGGGGACAUUAAUUUAAGAUUUUGCCACCAAAUUUAGCCUGUUAACCAAAGCCUAAAAUUGUCUAAACAACUUUUGCAGUUGUUGGCUAUUUAUUGACAUUAAUAACUGUCAGCUGGCUGUUGAAUAUUUGAAAGAUUUUUAAAAAUAAGUAGUUCUAUGUUAGUUGUUUCUAUAAUUCUAAACUUUGGUAGUAAUCAUGAUAUACUAACUACAUUGUAUUUAAAUUCAUGAAAAAUAAAUAACAAUGAAAAAUGA